CAACUCGCGACCCAUGAUAAAUUACCCGACCUACACCCGACCUGUUACCGGGCGAGUAUGGAUAUCGAGAUACCCACCCCGGGCCUUCCUCAUUGCCAUUCCUGCAAGUAAGUCCCCAUGUGGUCUAGUGGCAUUAAUAUUGCAUGUGUUGCAUAAAAUAAAAUAAAAAACGUGCCCCGUGGCUACGUUUCCUCCUUCCAUAAACUCAGCAAGACAAUCCCUUUAGACAAAUAUCAAAAGAAGAAAAACGAUUUGAGCACGAGAAAAAGAGAGAUAAUCAAUGGAUGAAAGGAUUUAUGACAUUCGGAGAAGGUUGGCACAACAACGUACACCACGCAUUCAACAACACAACGUGGUCAUGUUCCUUCAAGACGAGUUGUGGGGUUGGGCUCCUGGUGUGAAGCAACCAAUACCAUUCAGAACCAUAGACAGAGAAGACAGACUGUUCAAAAGUUGGUCAUUAAUUCUUGCGGUUCCCGAUCGUGAUUAAUUUGCACAUUCACACCUUCGCGAAUGAUUGAUUGAUUGAUUUCGUAUUCUACUCUACAUAUCGUGUCGCGUGAUCGAUGAUGGUAAAAGUGUGAGGUAGGAUAAUUUGUAAUAUAAAUUGCGGUUUAAUCAUCGUGGUUCAAUGGUUUCGUUACUGUAAAAAUCGUGUACUGUUUUGGAAUCGCGGUGUCCGGUAUUUCCGAUACCGAUACGAUAGGGUUUCUAAAAUUCUGAUUGUAUAUAAUUAUUCAUGGCCACUAUACAUGGGUUCUAUAAAUAAUAAAGUUAUCAUUUUAUUAUUAUUAUUAUAAAUGAUCAAUAUGACGUAUCAUAGCCUCCAUUCGCCAUAGAAUGAGACUCAUAGAGUCCUUGACAGUCAUACAUGAUGAACCGGUGAAUUAAAUACCAGAUAAGAAACGAACAGAACAUGAAAAUCCAAAGGUAAAGAGUGACCCCCACAAAUGGCCAGAUAAUCCGCACACUUGUUUCAUUAGUUCCCGUUAAAUGCGGGAAAUCGACUCUUCCCGAUCGAGAGCAAGAAGAUCAUCCUGAAACUUUUCGCUGACGCGGUUGCACGUUGAUGAUCCACCUUCUCCCUGCGUUGUGGAGAAGCUUUAGUACUGCACAAAUAAAGGGAUCGAUUCAAAGCAAACGCUGCAAGACAACAUGUUGUGCGAUGUCGAAUCAAACCACUCGGAGUUAUUGAAAUAACUACUAACCAGAAACUAUAUAUCAAAUUUCAGAACACAGUAAAAAUCUAAUGAGGCGCCAUGUGGUAGUUGGCUGCGUGCUGCCAUUCACCAUUAAUGCUCCUGCAAAAACCACAUUCCACUACAAAAACAGGUAAGAAGAAUCCAUAGACGACGACGAGAAGGAGAGAAAUAAUGGGAGCUGUGGGAGAAUCACCUGGGUAUGGAAAGGACCACAAGGGCUUUAAUGACCAACUGCGUCGCCGUCACGAAAAGAGGAAAUGGAGCAAAUGGGACAAAGUCGUCGUCGCGACAGUUUUAGUGACCCAUUUGCUGGCCUUUUGCGGUCUGUUCUGCUUCAGCUGGAAAGGGUUUGGUGUUUUUCUUUUGAUAGGCAUCGUCACCAGCCUCUUCGGUAUCAAUCUCAGUUACCACAGGCAUCUCACCCACAAGAGCUUCAAGCUCCCCAAGUGGCUCGAGUAUUCGUUUGCUUAUUGCGGAGUUCAUGCACUUCAGGGGGAUCCAUUGUCAUGGGUUAGCAACCACAGGUUUCAUCAUCAGUUUGCUGACACCGAAAGAGAUAUACACAGCCCGAUCGUGGGGUUUUGGCAUAGUCAUAUGGGUUGGAUGUUCGAUUUGUCAUCUAUCAAAGAAAAGUGUGGGAAGCGAAACAAUGUUGCUGAUCUGGAAAAGCAAGUCUUCUACAGGUGGAUUCGGAAGACCUACAUUAUACAUCCUCUGAGUCUUGCUACUCUCUUAUAUUCACUUGGUGGAUUCCCCUACAUAUGUUGGGGAAUGGGUGCAAGGGUGGUGUGUGUCUACCACGCCACAUUGUUAGUCAACUCAGCUGCUCAUACAUGGGGAACUCGAGUUUGGAACACUGGCGACCUGUCGAGGAACAACUGGUGGGUUGCAAUUAUGACAUUUGGAGAAGGUUGGCACAACAAUCACCAUGCAUUCAAUAGCUCAGCAAGGCACGGGCUGGAAUGGUGGCAGAUCGACAUGACCUGGUACGUGGUGAAGUUCCUUGAAGUUGUCGGCUUGGCCUCUGAUGUGAAGCUACCAACUCAAAUCCAAAGACAGAAGAUGGCUAUCAAAAGUUUAUCAGUAAAUUAAAUCAUUCUUUAUUUGUCGACGACAGACAGCCUCUUCUGAUGUCUGGAAUUGUAGUUAACUCUUCUGACCGUAGAUUAGGUAAGACACGUCGUGUUAGUGAAUCAGGUAAAUCUGUAUGCUCUUUACUUUCUUACGUUGUUGAUUUCCCAUUUCGUUGCAACAUCAGAUUAAUUACUUGCAUGUCAUCCGAGCCUUAAAAUAGCAUGCAGUGUAUUUAGGUUUUUAUACAUUGGUCUUCAAUUAAUAUCGAUGUUGAUGCAAGUACUAGGUCUGAAUGGUCUAUGCAUACUUUAAAUAUAUCCACAUAAAUUGUCAAAGAGCCUUCGAGCAUUCCAUUUGUUUUCCGACGAGAAAAUAUGUGUUGAAGAAAAUUGAUUGGACCUUUGACUUUUUUGGACAACAAUUACUAGGACACGACUCACACUUCUUCAAACAAAGUUCGAACGAGGGUGUUUGAUUGAUGAUGAAAGUAAACUAUAAAUUCUAAGUUAAGUUACUCCUACUCCUAUCGAGGUUCAGCGAGACCGCCAACUACAACUAAGGCUACAUUGCUGAGAAAAGGAUGAAGUUUGACAUUGGGUGUCAAAUGGUUGGUUGUGAAACCCCUUUCUCUGUCAACCCUUCCUCCUAUUUAUAGCCAUGGGGAGAUAAUUGUCAUAGAAAACCACCUCUGAGAUAACUCCCGAAAACAACCACUCCAUACUUCCUCGGAGUGAUGGUUACUCCUUCAACCGCCUAGGUGCCUCUCUUGGAACUGUCACGGGUAUUGGAGUGUAGCUUGUCUCGCCUAGUCUUGUUCAAAAUCUCGUGUCAUGCUAGUCUUUUGAUAAGCACGUGGUGUCUCACAAAAGGGGGUCGUGAUCCUCUUGCCUCGCGGUCAUGGACUCCUUACUCAUGUACAUGGCCCUAUUGUCUCAUGGUCAAGGACUUAUUAUAUUUUGAGUCCCUCGGUCUUGGUUAUCAGGCAGCAUUGCCUCUUCAUUUGCGGUCAUGGACUUCUUAAUCAUGUAUGUGGUCCAUCUCGUGACACGGCAUGGCCUUCUCAUACUUAUAAUUUUUCAAUCGUGCCUAGGGACUUUUUUCUCGCACCCAUGCCUCUUCUCGUGAAGCGGCAUGACCUUCUCAUACCUAGUAUAUUUCAAUCGUGCCUAGGGCCUCUUGUCUCGCAUCCAUGGCCCUUGUCGUUGAGAUGGCAUGUACUUCUAGAUCCUAGACGGACAUGGCUUUCCUCGUUGAAGCGGCAUGUCCUUUCCAUAAUUAGAAUAUUUUUUGUCUCACAUGACUCCUCUCGUGAAGCGGCACGUGCCUCUAGAUUGUAGACGGACAUGACCCUCCUCGUUGAAGCGACAUAUGUCUCUCCAGACUUAGUUUAUUUUUAUACAAUCUCGUGGCAUGACAUGGCCUUCUAUGAGAGGCCCAUGACACUCAUUGAAUCAUGUAUAUGAAUACUGUGACUUAGUAGGUUGGGCUUAAAAUCAAUAUCCAUAAGACCCAACUUAAAUAACAUUAAUUGUUAUAAUUGAUGUGACCUUAUAAGUUCAUUGAUUACCUUGUAACUCAUCAAUGUGGUACAAGAUAAUUUUAGGUGUAAAUACUAAAUAUCAUUUCUAGUGAUGGCCUUGAAGACGGGUUUUUCGGUCAAUCUAAAAAAAAUUAUUCGCUUUU